CACCAAAAACCAGAGUCAGCAUCUCUCAACCAAUCCCUUUACCUUAGCGCACACAGCUGGAGAGAGACCUCGCGUCUAGAACAUCUCUAUCACAACAACUCAGCGAUUAAAGUUUGGAGCUGGGACAUCAUGCCAGGACUAUGACAUUAAAACAGACUAUGCUGAAGAUGUGUGCUGACCGCUCGCUGACCUGCAUUAUUUGGCUAACUAAUGCUACCGGACCUGUUCCCAUAAGCCUAACCAUGCAUCUGACACGGACCUAAUAAUCCGCGGUGGGAAUCAAGACCACUCUGGCAGCGGUGAACAAUGCAUUUGCCACAAAGACGGAGACUCAAUCGGAGUCGCAUCCUCUUCUUCCUCUCUGGUGUAUUACUGUGCUGCGUCUACACCGUGACGUUCAAGGCCCGGCUGCAGGAGCCACGGGUGGCCCGCCAGGCCGCUGCAGAGGAGCACCCUGGGACAGCACUCCCAGAGGAAGGGGGCGGUAGUGAUAGUAGUAGUGUUCUGGAGGUAGACACACGAGAGGUGGUGACCUCUAACCUCUCUAGCCUAACAGAGAGCUAUAACGAUGACGUCAUCACCAGGGCUCCUACUGUGCUGGAGGGGGAUGACGUCAUUGUGAUAACUGUCAACAGGACGGACAUUAAGCACUGUAUCUACGUAGAGGACCCUGAACCUGAGCCUCCGACUGAACCUCCUCCCACCUCCCCUCCUCCUAACACCACCACCUCCCCGGGUAUCCCUGGAGACGUCCCCCACAGGAAGGGAGAGUACCCAGAGGACCUGUUCACAGUGGACCAGAGGAGGCAGGGCUGGGUGACCCUCCACAUCCUGGGCAUGGUCUACAUGUUCGUCUCCCUCGCCAUCGUCUGUGACGAGUUCUUUGUCCCGGCGCUCGGCGUCAUCACCGUGAAGCUCGACAUCUCCGACGACGUCGCCGGGGCAACCUUCAUGGCUGCAGGAGGCUCCGCCCCCGAACUGUUCACCUCUCUGAUUGGCGUGUUCAUUUCCCAUAGCAACGUGGGCAUCGGGACAAUCGUGGGGUCAGCGGUGUUUAACAUCUUGUUUGUCAUCGGGAUGUGUGCCAUCUUCUCCAGGGAGAUGCUCCACCUCACCUGGUGGCCCCUGUUCAGAGACGUCUCCUUCUACAUCAUAGAUCUGAUCAUGCUGAUCGUAUUCUUCUUGGACAACACCAUCAUGUGGUGGGAGAGCGUAAUGCUGGUGUCGGGUUACGUGGCCUACGUCUGCUUCAUGAAGUUCAACGUGCAGAUCGAACACUUCGUCAAGAUGCAGAUCAACAAACACAAGAGCAUCGUCAAGAUCAUCAUGCCAGAGGAGGAGGAGGAGAAGGAACCCAAGAAGCAGAACAGUGGACCUCCACCACCUGAUCCACCUCAAAACAAUGUUUCACCAGAACCCAAACCACAACCUCAAGACUCACCCCAGAAGAGAGACAGAGAAAAACUGAAGGUGAAGCCCACUCUCCAGAGAGGAGGCAGUAAUGCGUCUCUCCACAACAGCACCAACAGAAACACAAUCUUCCAGCUGAUGAUCCACACACUGGACCCACUGGGAGAAGAGACAGGCUUUAGCAGAGAUGUUAGAGGCCCUGGUCAGAGGAGAGUUAGACAAGAAACAACAACCUUUAAUGGGGAGGUCAGGACGGAGGUGUCGGUGCAGAGGAAAGCUGGACCUGAGAAGACUGAGCAGGCCGAACCCUCGACCUCCCAGACCACACCUAAAGAAGAGGAGAAACCAGGCCCGUCAGAGACUCAGACGGACCAGGGGCCAGCGGGCGCAGGGGGGUCCGACGGCUCAGACAGCGGUGAGGAGGACGAGAGUGAAGAAGAGAGCGAGGAUGAGGAAGACGAGGAUGAUGAAGACGAAGAGGACGAAGAGGAAAAUAAAGAGGAAGAAGAGGAAGAGGGUGAAGAGAACGAGGAACCUCUGUCGUUAGAAUGGCCAGACACCAGACGUAAACAGGCCACAUAUCUUUUUCUCCUACCGAUAGUGUUUCCUCUGUGGCUCACUGUGCCCGACGUACGCAACCCGGCUUCCAGAAAAUACUUCGCCAUGACGUUUAUUGGUUCCAUCACGUGGAUCGCUGUGUUCUCCUAUCUAAUGGUCUGGUGGGCACAUCAGGUGGGUGAGACCAUAGGCAUCUCAGAGGAGAUCAUGGGCCUGACCAUCCUGGCAGCGGGCACCUCCAUCCCUGACCUCAUCACUAGUGUCAUCGUGGCCCGGAAAGGACUGGGAGACAUGGCUGUGUCCAGCUCAGUGGGAUCCAACAUCUUUGAUAUCACUAUGGGCCUGCCUGUCCCAUGGUUAAUCUUCUCGGCGAUGCAAGGCGGUGUACCGGUGGCGGUGAACUCCAACGGUCUGUUCUGUGCCAUCGUGCUCCUCUUCGUCAUGCUCCUCUUCGUCAUCGUCAGCAUCGCAGCGUGUCGGUGGAAGAUGAGCCGCGUUCUGGGCCUCACCAUGUUCAUGCUUUACUUCGUGUUCCUGGUGCUCAGCGUGAUGCUGGAAGACCGUAUUAUUAUCUGCCCGGUCUCCAUCUGAGGUCAGAGGUCAGACACACCCACUGGGGAGCCAGGCCCACCCACUGGGGAGCCAGGCCCACCCACUGAGGAGCCAGGCCCACUCACUUGGAACCCUGUCCACCCACUGGGCAGCCAGGCCCACCCACUUGGAACCCAGUCCACCCACUUGGAACCCAGUCCACCCACUGGGGAGCCAGGCCCACUCACUUGGAACCCUGUCCACCCACUGGGGAGCCAGGCCCACCCACUGGGCAGCCAGGCCCACCCACUUGGAACCCAGUCCACCCACUUGGAACCCAGUCCACCCACUGGGCAGCCAGGCCCACCCACUUGGAACCCAGUCCACCCACUUGGAACCCAGUCCACCCACUGAGGAGCCAGGCCCACUCACUUGGAACCCUGUCCACCCACUGGGCAGCCAGGCCCACCCACUUGGAACCCAGUCCACCCUCUGGGGAGCCAGGCCCACCCACUUGGAACCCUGUCCACCCACUGGGGAGCCAGGCCCACCCACUUGGAACCCAGUCCACCCACUGGGGAGCCAGGCCCACCCACUUGGAACCCUGUCCACCCACUGGGGAGCCAGGCCCACCCACUUGGAACCCUGUCCACCCACUGGGGAGCCAGGCCCACCCACUUGGAACCCAGCCCACCCACUUGGAACCCAGCCCACCCACUGGGGAGCCAGGCCCACCCACUUGGAACCCAGCCCACCCACUUGGAACCCAGCCCACCCACUGGGGAGCCAGGCCCACCCACUUGGAACCCAGUCCACCCACUGGAGAGCCAGGCCCACCCACUUGGAACCCAGUCCACCCGCUGGGGAGCCAGGCCCACCCACUUGGAACCCUGUCCACCCACUGGGGAGCCAGGCCCACCCACUUGGAACCCUGUCCACCCACUGGGGAGCCAGGCCCACCCACUUGGAACCCAGUCCACCCACUGGGGAGCCAGGCCCACCCACUUGGAACCCAGUCCACCCACUGGGGAGCCAGGCCCACCCACUUGGAACCCUGUCCACCCACUGGGCAGCCAGGCCCACCCACUUGGAACCCUGUCCACCCACUGGGGAGCCAGGCCCACCCACUUGGAACCCUGUCCACCCACUGGGCAGCCAGGCCCACCCACUUGGAACCCUGUCCACCCACUGGGCAGCCAGGCCCACCCACUUGGAACCCAGUCCACCCACUGAGGAGCCAGGCCCACCCACUUGGAACCCUGUCCACCCACUGGGCAGCCAGGCCCACCCACUUGGAACCCUGUCCACCCACUGGGGAGCCAGGCCCACCCACUUGGAACCCAGUCCACCCACUGGGGAGCCAGGCCCACCCACUUGGAACCCAGUCCACCCACUGGGGAGCCAGGCCCACCCACUUGGAACCCAGUACACCCACUGGGGAGCCAGGCCCACCCACUUGGAACCCUGUCCACCCACUGGGCAGCCAGGCCCACCCACUUGGAACCCUGUCCACCCACUGGGGAGCCAGGCCCACCCACUUGGAACCCUGUCCACCCACUGGGCAGCCAGGCCCACCCACUUGGAACCCUGUCCACCCACUGGGCAGACAUGCCCACCCACUUUGAACCCAGUCCACCCACUGAGGAGCCAGGUCCACCCACUUGGAACCCAGUCCACCCACUGGGCAGCCAGGCCCACCCACUUGGAACCCUGUCCACCCACUGGGCAGCCAGGCCCACCCACUUGGAACCCUGUCCACCCACUGAGGAGCCAGGCCCACCCACUUGGAACCCAGUCCACCCAACCAUUAUGUUAGCUUCAGGAACAUCUUCUUUAAAAAAAAAACUAAAGAUGAAACUGAAUAUGUUGUACUGUACAGAGCAUUAUGGGUAUUGUAGUACAUCAUACUACAAUGAGGAGGGAGGGGGGAAAAAAAGAGGCGUGUCAGGAAGUCAUUUAAAUAAUAACCGCCAAACUGUAUCGUUGUCGGUCACUAACAUUCACGGUACAGAGGGGUUAGAGGUCUCCUAGUGUUGCUGUUCACAGAGGGGAUGGUGUUGUCUGUGUUGAGCCAGGUGUUGUUGAAUCAGUGGACGCCUUCAUGGUUGGACUAUGGCUGGUCUCCUUCACCAGAACUGAUGUGCAGCAGUAGAGGUUGUCUGUCCACAACAUCCUGAAGAGAGACUCAGUAAUCGGAGACGUUGUCCAGCCACACCACACACACACACACAUCCAUUUUAGUGUUCAUCCCGUGUAUAAACGUCAAUACAGUCAUUUCUUUUAAGAGUUAAAAAAACAAAAACCCCGGUUUAUCAGGUGCAGAGAGGUACAGCAGCUUUGGAGUUCUUCAUGUGAAUGAUUCAGUGAUUCAGUGUCUAGAAUAGUAAUAGAAAUGUAGUUCAGUUACACGACCCCCAUAUGUAACCAUUAUGUCAUUAACUGUCAGCAUUGUAGUGUGUCAUGUGUUACGUAUGUAUGCAAUACACUUGUGUGGGUCAGAAGGAUGCAAAGAGAAUGUAUUGAUGUAUAGUAAACUAUCCAUAUGUUGUGCUUACAAUCCAUGCUGCAAUUAAAUCCUUUUUUUAAAAUCAUA